AUGAUUUACUCGCAAGCAAUCGGUCGUGAGCAAUUUCAGCCAGCUUUAGCUAUAUUCAAAACCACUGGUUUUAUUCCAACCACAGCAGGUUUACAAGAAAUACAAAAUACUGCUCCCGAAUUACAUACCUUACCACGAGUUUCCAAUCGAUCUCGUUUCACACCCAUUCAAGUUCUUUGGCGACUAAUUCCUUUGUUUAUUUGA